AUGAAUGAGGCGGGUGUGUUAGUGGGGAGGGUAAGUAAUUACUUAUUCUGUUGCAUGGACUUCACGGAAUUUGAAUCCCAGACGGGACUCAGAUUCAGUUGGAACAUAUGGCCUGGGUCCAAAGCGGAUGCUGUGAAAGCUAAUGUACCACUGGGAUGCAUGUUUACUCCAUUGCACAAUGGAUCUCAUGAAUCUGACAUUAAGCAUCCACUCGUAGAAUAUGAACCGCUAAUCUGUAGAUCCAGUGGAAUCGUGUUGAAUCCUUAUUGCCAUGUGGAUUUUAGGUCCAAAACUUGGACUUGCCCUGUUACUGGGCAAAGGACCCCCUUUCCCCCUUCAUAUGCUGAACAUAUCACACCUGAAAAUCUACCAUCAGAACUGACGCAUUUGACAAUGGAAUAUGUACUGCCUCAAAGAGGCAAUGCUAAAUUACCACCACCAGUUAUCAUAUUUCUACUAGACAUGUGCUUAUCGGAGGAAGAAUUUGAUCAGCUCAAAGAUGCGAUUCAGCAGGCCACGAGUAAUCUACCCCCCGAUGUAUGUGUUGGCCUAAUGACCUUUGGCACCACGAUCCAUAUAUACGAACUGGGGGAGUCGGAUAUCACUAAAGCUCAUGUACUUCGCGGAACAAAGGAUCACACUGGCCUUAGCAUUAAAAAUCAACUUGGUCUCACUCAGUUAUCUACAUUUCAUAGAUUUAUCCAGCCUAUUGGAGACUGUGAAUUUAAUUUCAACUUGCUUAUUGACGAUUUGAGCGUGGAUAAUUGGCCGCACCCCCCUGAUGUUAGACCCAAUCGUUGCACCGGAGCCGCCUUAAGCGCCGCCUUGGGGUUACUAGAGUGCUGUGCCCAUGGAGGAGGAAGGGUUAUGUUGUUUACCAGUGGAGCUUGCACUUUUGGCCCCGGUAAAGUUGUUGAUUGCCCCCUUAGUGAGUCUAUCAGACAUCAUUUGGACAUUCUAAAGGAUAACAACAAUGCCAGAUUUGUGAAGAGUGCUACAAAGUUCUACACCGGUCUUGCCCACCGUGCGGCUACCCAAGGCCAUGCAAUAGACAUAUUUGCCUGCUCAUUGGACCAGUUGGGGCUUUAUGAGAUGAAGGUGUGUUGUGAUAAAACGGGAGGGUAUAUAGUUUUGUCUGAUAGUUUCUCGAUGAGUGUUUUCAUAGACUCCCUAAAGAUGUGCCUGGCUUGUGACUAUUCAGGGCACUUAAAUCAUGGCUAUAAAGCCAGACUCCAAGUUAACUGCUCCCGUGAGCUAAAAGUGUGUGGAGCCAUUGGCGAUUGUUAUAGCCUCAAAAAGAAAUCAGCCCAUGUUUCUGACACGGUAAUAGGCGAGGGUAACACUUGCGAGUGGGCGAUAGCAGCCCUGAACCGCCAAUCUACGUUGGCAUUCUACUUUGAAUUGGCAAGUGACGAAUCUUCCACAGGUUCAAUCGCUGCUGCGCUUAACACUUUGGCUGGGGGUAACAACGAAAGCAAAAAGAACGGGGAAGUGAAUGAACUGGCCGGUAAGCAGGGUUUUAUCCAAUUCCAAACUUGGUUCCAGCAUCCAUCUGGCCGUAGGCGUCUAAGAGUCACUUCAUUUUCCUCAAAAUACACCCAUUCUCACAUUGCAGAACUCGCUUCUGGUUUUGAUCAGGAGGCAGCAGCGGCUUUAAUGGCCCGUUACGCAGUGUUUAAGAUGGAGUCUGACGAGCCAAUCCAGGUACUCAAAUGGCUUGACCGCAAGCUAAUUAGAUUGGUAGCUAAUUUUGCUGACUACCAAAAAAAUGACCCGCAAUCUUUUAGACUGGCUAAGGAAUUUGGCAUAUAUCCGCAAUUCAUGUAUCAUUUGCGUAGAUCACACUUUUUGCAAACAUUUAACGCAAGUCCAGACGAAACUGCGUAUUAUCGUGCCAUUUUGCUUAAGGAGAAUGUAAUGAACUCGCUAGUGAUGAUCCAACCAGCUCUACUAGAGUAUACGCUUGAAAACCCCACGGCUAAACCGGCGCUUCUAGAUGCUAUGUCCCUUAAACCAAAUGUUGUUCUAUUGUUGGAUUGCUUCUUCCACAUUGUGAUCUGGUAUGGCGAGACAAUCCACCAAUGGCACCUAGAAAAAUAUCACGAGAUGCCCGAGUACCAGCACUUUAAGAAACUCUUGGAGGCCCCCGCUGAGGAUGCCCGAGAGAUUCUUGAGGAACGAUUUCCAGUACCAAAGUUUGUGCUUUGUAAUGCUGGUGGAAGUCAAGCCAGGUUUCUCCUGGCCAAAGUUAAUCCCUCGAUUUCUCAUUCAACGUCUGGGCUCAAUGGUGGCGUAUUUGGGUCUUCCAAUGAUAGUUCAAUUAUCAACACUGACGACGUGCCCCUUAAGACUUUUAUGGAACAUCUAAUAAAGAUAGUUGUCCAGGCUUGA